CUAGACAGGACUAUAAGAGCUCCGAUGAACAAGUAACUGGAAUCAGUUCUUAACUCCGGUCUUCGAGCAAGGCUCCUGUUCUCUCUAUCGCUUAGACCACAUAUUCAGCAUUACUCAUCCAACCGACCGACCGAAAUCUAACGAAAAAACUCGACAUGAAGACCCUUUUGGUACUCCUGGCUUGCGUGACCCUCGCGUAUUGCGGCAAAGCUAAGAAGCAAAUAAUCGACCAGCAACACAUAGUCGACGGCUACGAGUUCGAAUAUGCGGUACCGGAUGCAUCUGCGUUGAGUUUGAUCGAAUCUCCUCAUUACGUGGACGCUGGGCCCGUCGCUGCAAGCGGUCAUCAUUCGGGCCACUUUAUUCGACCCGGUUACAGCGUGGGUGGUCCCUUGGCCAGUAUCGCCAAAGGAGCGGCCGAGCAGGCUCACACCCAGUUGAAUCAACAGCCGUCGGCCGCCGGUCAGGCGGCCUACGUAGCUAAAAACACCCUGGCCCAAGCGGCGGCCCAGUCCGCGGCCACCGCCGCCGCCGCUCUCGCCGGCAAGCAGAUCAUCGUGAUGGGCCUGGAACAGCAGUCGCGGGACGCGCACGUCGCGGUGGACGGCGAGAAGCAGCAGCUGCAGCAGGCGCAGCGGGCGGCCGCGGCCGCGAAGAACGCCGCCCAGCAGGCGAUGCAUCAGGUGCAGGUGAUCACGACGGCGUUGAACGCGGCGCAGGCGACCGCGGAACACGCGACCCAAGCGGCGGCCGAGGCCGCCGCCGAGCUCGCCGCCCAGACGACGAUGGUCGGUCAGGCGAAGGCGCGCGCCGAGUCGAUCGCCGAGCAGCUCGCGGCUGCGCGACUCGACUUCGAGACCACGCAAGCGGCGGCGCAGAAGGCCGCGAACGCCGCCCAGGCCGCACAAGGGAACGCCGCGGCUGCGGCCGCGCACGCCGCUCAAACCGCGGCCGCGGUCAGUCAUCAUCCGGUGUCUCUGCACGCCGGCAUCGAGAUCGAGCCGACGCUCAGCCUGGCGAACGCUCUGCCCGUCGACGGCCACGAGUACAAGGCUUAUUAUUAGGAGCGAGAGAGAAACUCUCCCCGAGAAAUGUUCGGGCCGAAAAUUGAAGAUCCGUCCGCCGCCCUUACGGAAAGGCAAAACUGUCUACUGUGAUCAAUUGCCCGCUAAUAUAUUCUAUGUAUGUUGUUCGGUUCUUUUCUUCGUAGAAUUACCGAGCAACAGUAAUUUAUCACUGGCAGCAAUUUAUCACAGGCGAUAAUUCUUUUCUGUAAGGGCGGUGUAAUUAAUGAUGAUGAUCAAUCGUAUCCAAAGGAAUCUUGGUUUUCUCUCCGUAGAGGAUUGGACAUGACCGUUUUUAGAAGUUAAACGCCUUAGGAAAUCUGCGAUCUUGUGUUUUCUUCCCUUCGCAAGUAUACGCACUCGCAACGAAGCGGCUCACAUCUCUUCUCUCUAUUUUUUUUUUUUUAUAUUCGUGAGACUCAGCGAUCAUACAUUACUGCCAGCUCACGUGCUAAAACGCACAAUAAAAUGUUGCCAUUUUCAACUAUA